ACCCUGCCCAGGUCAGAGCAAUAGGGGCCUUCUCCUUCACAGCCAUCUCUAUUUUUUGAGCAUGUUUAUUUUUGGUGAUGAAAAUUUAGGGCUCGGCUCCCUCCUGCUGCCAGCUUCACGUGUUUGCUAGAUAUCCUGCCUCCAAUCCAUGCCAAAAUGGUUUCCAAUCAACUGAAAUAACUCUUUGCUCCCAAACUAAUGGGAAUCAGUGAAGUGUAGGGGACAGAGCUGUUUCCACAGAAAUCUGAACUGGAGCGGAGUCUCUGUCCUCUCAUCACAUAAGAAAUAAAACAGAGGCUGGAAAGGAUGGCAGGAAGAAUCCGGUCCUCUCUGUUUCCUGAAGUAAAAUCUUCCUCCGGAGAAGGACAGGAAUGCACUCCUCCACGAGCCAGGAGGCUUCGCUGACAGGAGCUGCUAUCAUCUCCGUCGAACAGGCAAAGCUUUGAGUGAUGCCGCUCAGCAAGAGAGCGGCGCCGACUGUUCGCAGUGCUGCAAAACAGACCGUGGCCACAGCGCCGAAAGGCACGGAGCCUCUCCGCCUGCAUCAACCACCGCCUGAGCCGGUGGAAGGGAUUUCUGUGGAGCUCUGCUGCUCUCUGAUGGUGCUUCCGAGCACACUCAGCGCACAGCCUGCGUGCUCCGCCUGGAAGCUAUAGGUUGUAAAGCGAACCAAAGAGGAGUGAUUGCUUUUAGAAGCAACGCAGAGUUCGGUGCUUUUCCUGUGGUGUUUUGGAAGGAAUGGUAACAGCGAAUGCAUGGAAAGGAAGGGUUGUGUUUUAGAGGCGUCACCCACAGCACGUGCACGAGUCCACACAGCUGCAAACCUCCGAGAAAUCUCAGCUUUGAGAGCUUUGUGUAACUCUGCUUUGGAGGGACGCAGAAGAGCGUUAUAAGCACCCAAAUAAAGUAAGGAUGGAGCAGAAAUCAGAACCCGCGUGACUCCCCGCGAGGCACGAGGUUUACGCACUCUUUGCUCAUCUCCCACGGCAGCACACGAGGGCCGCAACACACACGCUUUGCUUCGGGACACGAGCCAGAGGCACGGAGCUCCGCCCGCAGCGCAGCGCUGCCCACACGGGCUGGGGGACCGCGGGGCUGCGGGCGGCCCCUCCCCAACAUGGCGGCCCCUCCCCAACAUGGCUGCCCAGCGCCAUCUGCCCGCGCCGGAUGGUGGGAUGGGAGGAGGGGACGGGCGCUCUUCCGCCGGGGCGGGCCGGGUGGCGGCGUGGGGCCUGAGCUCGGUCCGGGCGAUGGCGGCCAGUCCCAUCGUGACGUCUAAGCGGCGGGAGGAAGCGGUCCGCGGGGUCCGCACCGAGGUGGUUUGCACCGCGUUCUCCAACUCCAUCCUCGUGGUGGUCACGCAGUACGGCAAGAUGGGCACGCUCGUCUACGUGAACCCCGAUACCAUAGGGGACAACGUUGGCAGGCCUUCGCUCAGCACCAAAGUGCUGCUGGGCAAGGAUGAGCCCCUCGUCCAUGUUUGUGCCAAGAACCUGGUGGCAUUCGUGUCUCAGGAAGCUGGGAACAAGCCUGUUCUUCUCGCUAUGGCUUUGAAGGACAAGACCAUGGAAGGAAUACAAGCUCUACGGGAAGUGAUCCGAAGUUGCCAAGUGUGGUGAAGUUGUACCAUCUGGAUUCAAGGAAAUGAUCUGGAGUCCAUGACUCACCACCACUUCUUUGAGAGGACAAGAAAUGAAAAUGAUGGAAUGUCUUUGUGCUGGUUUUGGACACGCUUAGGAAUGUGAUGAAUUUUUCUCUACUGUGUAGAAUGGUUGUGGGUUUUCUUCCUGUGACAGGUUUGCGGUCCAGAUAGUUGGUGAUGAGAUGAGAACAAUUGCCUCAAUAGACAAGAGAAAUGUUGUAUUUUCACCUGGGGAGGGGUGUAUAUUUGGGAAACGUCACAGCUCUGCGUUUGUGCCCGAGGAGUGAUGGAUGCCAAGCUCUGUAGCUACACUGCACCGCAAAGGGGAACACCCAGUGCAGAGUGAGUAAAAGAAACAUUGAUGAAUCUAAUUUUACAUGGUUGGUUGGUUUUUUUUUCGCUCUGCAAAAAUCACUUCAAUUGAAAUACAAGCCUCCGUAACAAAUAAACAGCAAUUGCAUAAUAGGAAA